UACCUUAUAUUGUAUUAUUUUAUUUUUCACUAAAAGGUUUAAUUAUGACAGAAAUGUAAUAUAUGAUUUAAAGAAUAUUUACUUUUACAUGAAAUUGAUGUACAUGUUGUAUUGAAUUUCUUGUAAUAUAGAACUGACGAGAUUGAAGUGAUUGGAAGAUAGCACGGAAAAUUUUAAGCGAGACUGAACAUUUUACGUCAUAAUUAUGUCUGAAGAAAACUAUAAAGUGAUUACGGAUGACCAAAUAGAAGACGAGGUAUUUGCAUUAACGUAUAACUUGGAUGGUCUGAGCGAGACAUCUACACCAGAACCAGCGAGCGGAUGGCAAAACUUGAAGAAAGCGAUGAAAAGCAAAAUAUUGGACGAUGAAUAUGAAAAAAGUCUUUUUAGAGAAAUGCGGAAGAAAAGACGGACAAGUAAAUCGUCAAUAGAAGAUCUGUCCAUUGAAAUUCCUCGUUUCUUCAUCAAAAGGCCAUCUCUUAUUCUAAAUGAUGAGAUAAUAGAUUUCAAUAAAAACAUCUACCAGUCGAGCACACCCACAUCGGACGAAUUUGAGCUAUCAGAUUUUGAAGAUGAUGAAGACACCAUCGAAAGCGUAUGCACUUGUCAAGACCAAUAUCUUCGAACGUGUAAAAAAUAUCACGUGGUUCCGGUAUCAAGAUUUUAUAGACAGUUAGAAGGAAAUUCUGUGAUUCUUAAAAACCACCAAUUCAGCAAGGGCGAAUUUAAAGCUUGUGCAAUUGCUUUGAUGUGUAAUGGCACAGUGAAACAUCUUGACAUUGAAGGCGGUCAAAUUGGAGCCGUCGGAAUGUCGCACCUGUCUGAUCUGUUAUAUUAUACGGAUUUAUUAGUAGAACUGAAUCUUACAAAGAAUGACAUCGGUAGAGAAGCAUUGAUAUUACUUGAAGAAGCUUUGGAUAAAAAUCUAAAGCUACUAGAUCUGAAUUUAUCAGAUAACAAUAUAAAUAGCAGUGAUUGUGAUAUAAUAAGAAAGAUAAUGGAGGGCGACAAUAUGUUACAGUCAUUAAAUCUAAGUAACAACAGAAUUUGCAACGUCGGCGGUCAACAGAUUGCUAGAGGAUUAGUGCGAAACGACAGGUUAAAGGUGCUGAAUCUAAGUUGGAACAGAAUAACAGGAAAAGGAGCAGCUGCUAUUGGCUAUGCUUUGGCUAAAAAUAGUGACCUUCAAGUUCUGAAUAUAUCCUGGAACGGGUUUGAACUUGGCGGUGCUCACGCUAUAGCUCAUGGCUUAAGCCUAAACACGUGUUUAAAAGAGUUGGAUAUUAGUUCAAACCGAAUCGGACAAUCGGGAGUGACACAAUUAAUGAAAGGUGUAAAUAAAAAUACGACUCUCGAAGCUUUGAAGAUUGCUGACAACCCUAUCAAAACAUGUAGCACAUUAAUGGUCUUGUUGAUAGUGGAAAAACACGAAAAGAUAUCUUUCUUGGAUUUUGGCAGUCAACCAGUCACUGAAGAGUUUGAACAGAAAGUUUCAAAAAUCAGAAAAGACAAAAAACUGGUGGUCAAAUACGGAAAAAUUAUUCGUGACACGAAAGCUAAGAAAACAGACGGGGACGACACAAUGUAUAUCAGCGGCGAUCCAUUACUGGUUCUACUGGAAUUCACACGGAUGAAGAAAAUACAUAUAUUGGACAUGUUCCGAGCGUUCGACCUCGAUGACAGCCAUUCUAUAACAUGGGAGGAAUUCAGAGAGGGAAUAGCGCAAAACAAAUUACCAAUACGACCCUCUAACAUAGAUAAGCUGGUACAGAGUAUUGAUAUGGACAUGGAUGGACAGGUAGACUUCAGUGAACUGGUUAUUUCCCAGAAAGCACAUAAAAGGAAAGUAGAGAAGUUGAAAGCCAGCGGAGAGGAUGUAUUCAAUAAAAGUGCAGUUGGAAUUGUAAACGAACGACUUAAGAAGUGGUUCCACGAUCAUCAUUUCGUUUUAAAAGAUACAUCAUUCACCGACUCAGUUUCCUAAAAUUUACUUCAUAUUUAAAUGGGUAUACACAAAAUAGUCAUACAUGUACAUCAAAUGCUGUUUCAAUUCAUUAUUUUCCAUACGUAUACAGGAGCGGAUCCAUUCAUUUUUAAAAGGGGUUUCAGGAUAAGUUUUUUUGAGGGAGGGGGUCCAACCCGCCAUAUACCUUUAUUCAAAUAAAUUGAUCAUUGUAAAAGGGGGAUCCAAAUAACCCCAGAAUAUCCCCCUAUUUGGACCCGCCACUGUGUAUAGGAUGAGAUUUAUACGUUAACAAACUAUUCUUAUGAAGACAAUGGUGCUAAUGAAUUCAUAUUAGAUGAAUAUCUGAAAACUAUUUAUUAUAAUAUUUCAGAAUGUAUGUUUCUUUAUAUUAAAAUCUUAUUCAAUACCA